AUGACCUGCCACCCCCCUUACACCGACGAGCCUGACUUCAUUCCUUCUGUUCAAACCUCAAACCCCGCUCCGGGUGUUGCCCCUCUUCCUCUCAAUCUUCGACUGGUGGACUCCGCAUACGUUCUUCCCGACUCAAAUAUCAAGGCCGAUGACAAGCGCGCGAUCUCCAUCGCGCCGAGCCUCUCGCGUAAUAGCGAUGAGCUCUUCUACGCCAUUCGCCGACAGAUGAAACUUCCCCCACGACCGCUGCUUUGGAUCAAGGGCUCACACAGUGAGUCAAGCAACGACAAGAAGAAGAAAGGAAGCAAUAGCGUCACCGACUUUGAAUUCAAGCUUGACCUCGCGGAGACAAUGCUGAGUGGGUGGGAAGCCGAUGCGCGAGGACCCUGGAAAUGGACGGAGGAAGAAGUGCUCAAUGACGAGGACUACAAGCCUGCUUUCCGCGGUGGGAGGUUCAAGUCACGCACUUAUAAGGCGCCGUGUUGUGCACGAGUCCGUGGCGAGGAUAGCGAUGCCCUUCUUGCCUCAGAUGCAGCCCUUGGAGCCAAUGGUGCUGAAGAACAACCCACCACAUCGAAUGAAGCUAAUUUGAAAUUAUGGUGUGAGCGGUUCUGCAAUGAUCCCUCCCCCGUUAAAUCAUUUACCCUACAUCGCCAACUCUCAGGUUUCGAUUGGAAGGCCAUGCGCAAUGUCCUUGCAUCACAUAUUCGCUCUCUCAAUUACCUCGGCUCGGUUGACUUUAAUUUCACCAUUGCUCAGCAAUCAGUCACUAUCUACUCUCCCCAUUGGAUCAACCGGCUACGUGCAAACCGCUACAUCUGGUGGACUUUCGUUAUCCUCCAGCUGUGGAUUAUCACAUGGCCAAUCAUUUGGCUGCUUGAGAAGCGGUACGAGCUGGUCCACACGCGUUGGCAUUCUUCGAUCACCACUGAUCCCCACUCCGGGUUGGUAAAGGAGUACGCUCGCGGUCGGGAUGAGGCCACUUUGGGAGAAUUCUGGGGGCCGGCCGUCAAACGAAUGGCGUGGAGUCAAAGAUGUGGAAAUGGAAAUACUCUAACAAGGAUGGAUGCGGAAAGGGUCCAGGGAUUGAAUACGGAUCAGCUUCUUGGUCUCCAGCGCGGAGAUUCCGAGGCUGAGCGAGAGAGACGGGAGCGUGUCAAUAGAGGUGAUGCUGGAUUUGUUGACCAUAUGGUGGGAUUCGUUCGCGGUGUUGGGGAAGUUGGACAAGGUUGGAGGUUGACGGCGGGAUGGGGUGCCAACUCUUGA